CACUUUGAAAUGCUGCCAGCCUCUUGAGGCUCUGGACCAUCUCCCAGGCAAAAUGGCAAACAUUUGCCGUGCUCCGAUGAGCCCACGUCUGAAAUUUGGCCUCAGGACUAAAGAGGGGAAAAGAAGCGUCCGGAUUGUAUAUGGCCGGUCAGACAGUUACCGCGUUGCCACCACACAGGACAAAGAUGACCGAUCCCCCAAGAAGAAGAAGGGGGCGGCGACUAAGGAUAUGGACGACCUGAAGAAGGAAGUACCCAUUACGGAACACAAGAUGUCCGUAGAGGAGGUAUGCAGGAAAUACCAGACAGACAUUGUCCAGGGACUGACCAAUGCCAAAGCAGCAGAGGUCCUGCUCAGGGAUGGCCCCAAUGCACUCACCCCGCCUCCCACCACCCCGGAGUGGGUCAAGUUUUGUCGCCAGCUCUUUGGAGGCUUCUCCAUCCUGCUGUGGAUCGGCGCCAUCCUCUGUUUCCUGGCUUACGCCAUCCAGGCGGCCACUGAAGACGACCCUGCGGGAGACAACUUGUACCUAGGUAUUGUGCUCACAGCUGUCGUCAUCAUUACUGGUUGCUUCUCAUAUUUCCAAGAGGCCAAAAGCUCCAAAAUCAUGGAGUCUUUCAAGAACAUGGUGCCUCAGCAAGCUUUGGUGAUCCGAGAGGGCGAGAAGGUGCAGAUCAACGCAGAAGAAGUGGUGGCUGGAGAUCUGAUUGAAGUGAAGGGAGGAGACAGGAUCCCUGCUGAUAUUCGAGUGGUUUCAGCACAUGGUUGCAAGGUGGACAACUCCUCCCUUACAGGCGAAUCAGAGCCUCAAAGCAGGUCGCCUGACUGUACCCAUGACAACCCCUUGGAGACCCGAAAUGUGGCUUUCUUCUCCACCAACUGUGUGGAAGGCACAGCACGUGGCAUCGUCAUCUGCACCGGAGACCGUACUGUCAUGGGCCGCAUCGCUACUCUAACCUCUGGCUUGGAGACGGGCAAAACUCCCAUCGCCAAGGAGAUUGAGCACUUCAUCCACAUCAUCACCGGCGUGGCUGUUUUCCUGGGCGUCACCUUCUUCGUCUUGGCCCUCAUUCUGGGCUACAGCUGGCUGGAAGCUGUCAUCUUCCUCAUCGGUAUCAUUGUGGCUAAUGUGCCUGAAGGUCUGCUGGCUACUGUCACUGUCUGCCUGACCCUGACUGCCAAGCGUAUGGCAAAGAAGAAUUGCUUGGUGAAGAAUUUGGAGGCAGUGGAGACUCUGGGCUCCACCUCCACCAUCUGCUCUGACAAGACAGGCACCCUGACCCAGAACAGGAUGACCGUGGCCCACAUGUGGUUCGACAACCAGAUCCACGAGGCUGACACAACAGAGGACCAAUCUGGUGCCUCGUUCGACAAGAGCUCGGUGACAUGGCAGUCUCUGGCCCGUAUCGCCUCUCUGUGCAACCGUGCACAGUUCAAGGCGGGACAAGAUUCGGUGGCCAUUCUCAAACGUGACGUGGCGGGAGACGCCUCGGAGUCGGCUUUGCUCAAGUGCAUCGAGCUGUCCUGUGGCUCAGUCAGGAUGAUGAGGGAGAAGAACAAGAAGGUCGCCGAGAUCCCCUUUAACUCCACCAACAAAUACCAACUCUCAGUGCAUGAGACAGAAGACCCCAAUGAUAACCGCUACCUGCUGGUGAUGAAGGGUGCCCCUGAACGGAUCCUGGACCGUUGCUCCACCAUCAUGCUGCAGGGCAAAGAGCAACCUAUGGAUGAGGAGAUGAAGGAGGCUUUCCAGAAUGCCUACAUGGAGCUGGGAGGACUGGGAGAAAGAGUAUUGGGUUUUUGCCACCUGAUGCUUCCAGAGGACCAAUAUCCCAAGGGCUUUGCCUUCGACACAGAUGAUGUCAACUUCCAGACGGACAACCUUUGCUUCAUUGGUCUCAUGUCCAUGAUCGACCCUCCCCGUGCCGCCGUGCCUGACGCUGUGGGCAAAUGUCGAUCUGCUGGCAUCAAGGUCAUUAUGGUCACUGGAGAUCAUCCGAUCACAGCCAAGGCCAUCGCCAAAGGAGUGGGCAUCAUCUCUGAGGGCAACGAGACGGUGGAGGACAUCGCUGCUCGUCUCAACAUCCCCGUCAGCCAGGUCAAUCCCAGGGAUGCCAAAGCUUGCGUGAUCCAUGGCACCGACCUGAAAGAUCUCUCUCAGGAUCAGAUGGACGACAUCUUGAGAAACCACACUGAAAUCGUCUUCGCCAGGACCUCGCCACAGCAGAAACUCAUCAUCGUGGAGGGCUGCCAGAGACAGGGUGCUAUUGUGGCUGUGACAGGCGACGGUGUGAACGACUCCCCAGCGCUGAAGAAGGCCGACAUCGGUGUUGCCAUGGGAAUCUCCGGCUCUGACGUGUCCAAGCAAGCUGCAGACAUGAUCUUGUUGGAUGACAAUUUUGCCUCCAUCGUUACUGGAGUGGAAGAAGGUCGCCUGAUCUUUGACAACCUGAAGAAGUCCAUCGCCUACACCCUGACCAGCAACAUCCCCGAGAUCACACCCUUCCUCCUGUUCAUCAUCGUCAAUAUUCCCCUGCCACUGGGCACCAUCACCAUCCUCUGCAUCGAUCUGGGAACUGACAUGGUGCCCGCCAUCUCCCUGGCCUAUGAGGCGGCUGAGAGCGACAUCAUGAAGCGUCAGCCCAGGAACCCCUUCAGGGACAAGCUGGUGAACGAGCGCCUCAUCAGCAUUGCUUACGGACAAAUUGGCAUGAUCCAGGCCCUCGGUGGCUUCUUCUCCUAUUUUGUCAUCCUGGCUGAAAACGGCUUCCUGCCGUCUCGUCUUGUGGGCAUCCGUCUCAACUGGGAUGACCGUUCAGUCAACGACUUGGAGGACAGCUAUGGACAACAAUGGACGUACGAGCAGAGGAAGAUCGUGGAGUUCACGUGCCACACCGCCUUCUUCGUCAGUAUCGUGGUGGUGCAGUGGGCCGACGUCAUCAUCUGCAAGACUAGACGUAACUCUGUGUUCCAGCAGGGCAUGAAGAACAAGAUCUUGAUUUUCGGUUUGUUUGAAGAGACUGCUCUGGCCGCCUUCCUGUCCUACUGCCCGGGCAUGGAUGUGGCCCUCAGGAUGUUCCCCUUAAAGCCUUCCUGGUGGUUUUGCGCGUUCCCUUACAGUUUCCUCAUCUUUGUUUAUGAUGAAAUUCGAAAACUCCUCAUCCGUAGGAACCCUGGAGGCUGGGUGGAAAAGGAGACAUACUAUUGAUCGUUGGAGCGUCUUGUUGCUCCCAGACCCCCACCCGACCCCCACAUCCUUCCCUUCCCACCACAUCUCCUUCCACUUAUAACUUCAGAUGCCCUGCCCCCCUGUCUUUCCCCCUUUAAACACACACAAAAAAAACACGCUUUGCAGCAAUUUCCACCACAACCGCCCCAAAGAUUAAAAAUAACAAAAGCACCUUUACAACUUUCUACGUUCAAACCCCGCCCCCCCCCCUUUCCCUCUCCCCCCUUCCCCAGCCGUCCCUUGUCGCCACCUCCUAUGAUAGUCUUUGCAUGUGUUCUUUCACUGCUGUGUACAUAAACCAAUAUAAUAUCUACCAAAACGGCAGCUGCAUAUUGUCUAUGUAGAUUUGAACGGGCAUGAUCACACGGCGUCUCAAGCUUGGCGGAAAAGGGCCAUACAGCUCGCUUUUCUCUCAUCACUCCCGACCUCAUCACCUUUGCUCGUCCUCCGGACCGCAUACAAAAAUAGCGUUCACACUGACUGACUUCCCACCUGCGUCUCCUGUCUUAUUGGAGGACCAGCACGGUGGUCGUCUUUUCAAUUCUUACCCCCUGCCCUCACAUUCUCCGCGGCCACAGUGUUGUUGUUGUUGGGUUUUUUUUAAACAUACAGUAUGUCAGCUAGGGGGAGUUCAUUUAUUUUUUUAAUUAAGAUUAAGAAGGGGCGGGUGGGGGGUGCAUAUGUGAGGCCCAACAAAGCGUCCUUCCCUCCUCCUCCUCCUCCUCCUCCUUCCCUGUUUGUCUCUCGUUUGUGUACACUGUGUGAAACCAUUGUUAACUACAAGUACCAACAUUCCCCAUCCCACCCACCCACCCACCCGAACCUUGAUAAAUACUCCAAUCUUUCUGUGUACUAGGAAAUCUAUACAAUUCUAUACUGGAUUUAAAAGAAUACAAUACAAUAAAAAAAAAGAAAAACAAUAAAAGAACAUUAUUGUUAUUAAAAAUGAUGGUGAGAUCGCGAGAGGUUUUUUGGAUUGGUUUCAGUUAUUUUGGCCCUUUUUUUCCAACAACAACAAAACAGGCUACAGCAAAUGUUGCUAAGACACCGAACAAGACUCAAUGUAGGUGUGCUGUCAUAUGUGGGGAUGAUGAUGAUGAUGAUGAUGAGUCCUAGCCCUGGUCCUGGUCCUGGUCCUGGCCCAGGUGUAUGUGUGUGUGUAUGUGUCUCAGGCUGGCUGCUUUAAAGGUUGAUAUUCAAGGUCAAUAAAUCUACACAACUAGUAAGAACAUGUGUCAAAUAAAUGAAACCAACACUGAAAUAUUUAAUACAACCUGAUUCUGCCUGUGUCUUUCUGUAUCCCAUUCUCCUCAGCUUCACUCGUACCUGUACUCUGCUAUCAUCUCACUAAAAAAAAUAUUAAAUAAUAUUACAUGCUGA